UGUCGGCGUUCCUUGCUCCCCGCCUACGACCUCUUCCAUCUCCAUCCUCGUGAACUCCUGAGAGAGAGAAGCAUUCCUUCGGCCAUGGUUCACCGCGCCUACGACCUCUUCCAUUUCCUCACGGAUUGCCCCGCCAAAAUCGAGGCCGUCGGGUCCCACGCCUCCGAGAUCUUCCUCGGCUGCUCCGACGGAUCCCUCCGCGUCUACGGCCCCAGGCCUUCCCGCUUGGUCUGCCUUCCGCUGCCCCGCCGGCGGUCCGACCCGUCUCCUCCGCCGCCGCCCGACUCCCGCCCGGAGCACCGGAUGGUGCCUUACGUGCUGCAGCGGAAUGUCGACGGUUUCGCGAAGCGGCCCUUCCUGUCGAUGGAGGUGUUGGCCUCGAGGGAGCUGCUCCUCACGUUGUCCGAGUCGAUUGCGUUUCACAGGCUCCCCGAUUUGAAGACCGUGGCCGUCCUGACGGAGGCGAGAGGUGCCAAUGCGUGCUCGUGGGACGACAAGAGAGGGUUCCUCUGCUUCGCCAGGCAGAAGAGUGUCUGUAUUUUCCGGCACGAUGGGGGAAGUAGCUUUGUGGAGGUGAAAGAGUUUGGGGUGCCUGAUACUGUGGAGGCGAUGUCGUGGUGCGGCGAGAACAUAUGUUUGGCACUCAGGAGAGAGUACGUGAUCAUGAAUGCUACAGAUGGUGCGUUGUCCGAGGUAUCUCCUUGUGGGAGGGUCGCGCCACCUCUGGUGGUGCCCCUUCCUUCUGGAGAACUCAUCCUUGGGAAGGAUAAUGUUGGAGUUUUUGUGGACCAAACUGGGAAGCUAUUGCCAGAAGGUAGGAUAUGUUGGUCGGAGGCUCCUCAAGAAGUUGUCAUCCAGAAGACAUAUGCAAUAGGUUUAUUCCCAAGAUAUGUUGAGAUUCGCACUCUUCGAGUUCUGUAUCCUUUGAUUCAGACUGUUUUUCUCGGCAAUGUUCGUCAUCUUGCCCAAAGUAGCAGUGCGAUAGUUGGUGCCCAAGAUAAUUCCGUCUGUGGGUUCUUUCCUGUUCCUUUUGGUUCACAGCUUGUGCAGUUAAUGGAAUCUGGCAAUUUCGAGGAAGCCUUGGUGUUGUGCAAAUCGUUUCCACCAGAAGAUUCUUCAAAAGAGGCGAAGAACCUUCACUUCUCGUAAUAAACAAAAUGCCGUCAGAUCGCGUCGCCGAUCGACCGGAAACCGUCGAAGCUGGCUUGGGAGCCGGGCCUCGUCCUCCUCUCCGAUGAAGCGCGGCGACGGAGACGCGAUGGCGACGGCUCCCCUCUAGUCCCCGAUUCGCGCCCCGUCGACGAUGACGGCGGCCGCCAUUCCUCCCGUGAUAGCGAUCGCAAUCGCGAUCGCCCGCUCUGGUUGCACCUCCACCCCCACUGACCCCCUCACUUCUCCGAUGACCCUAGGGUUUCCCCUCAUAGCUCCGGGAUCUCCUCGAUCUUCCUGCUUCUCGUCGUCGCGAUCGUCGGGCUGAUCUUGAUCUUCUCCAUUGUGCAUCGCCUGAAUGCCCCAUACCUUUGCCGGAAAGAUGGCAUCGUUCUUCAUUGCCCUCAUGUAAGUUGUCGAAGGAUCUUGUUUGAGCUUCUCCUUUUCUGCCAUCUAUAUGUGCUGUGACAAUGGUUAUUGCUAAAUAAUCUGCAUUCUCGUGCUAGGUCAAGGAGCCUCCUUCACCGUGGGAAAAUCCAUACUCCGCAGCCACAUCGUGGAAGCCUUGUGCUAAGCGUCGUGAUGGUGGAAUAUCGAAUGUUCCUCCUGAGAAUGAAACAAAUGGCUACAUAUUCAUCCACGCUGAGGGCGGUUUAAAUCAACAAAGAAUUGCGUAUUAAAGCAGGAUCAGAUCUGGAAAGAUCAAACGAAAAUUGAGGAUAUUUUCAAUAUGGAUCAUUUCAUUGAUUAUCUGAAAGAUGAUGUUCGGAUUGUGCGCGAUAUCCCCGCCUAGUUUACUGAUAAGUAAGAGUCGUUUACAAGCAUCAGGUCUGAUGAGACUAUGUUUUGCUGCUUCCGAAUUAUUUUUGCCAAUCACAAAUUGUUUUUCACUAACUCAAAGAAGUGAUCCAUGAAAUAGGCUUUGCUAAAUAUGAAGUAGGCACUUUUAGAGGUCAAAAGAACAAAUUGCCUACCUGAUAUUGUCUUGGUGAAGAAAGCAUAUUGCAUGUAGAUAAGAAUAGUUUGUGAAGGUGCAUGUUGGUCUCUUUUUGUUCACGUGUAUAGAACAUGCACGCACAGAUAUGCACAUUGCUCAUAUGGACACUUCUUUAAUGGUCGCUUCUAAGUUUCGUCGUAAAAAUGUUUGCUUUUGUUGCAAAGUUGGCAGAUGACAGAUCAUAGAUUCUAAAAACUAAGGCUUUUUUUCCCCAGUUUGCUAAGCAAGUCAAUAAAAAUGCGGCCGCGUAGUAUUCCUAUACUGCUACCGAUGCAUGUGCUGACUCUUUUUAUUUAGUCUUACAGUUGUUAAGUACUUGAUUAGCGUGGCUUAUGAUGUGAAUGGAAUGAUGGUCCAUUAGCAUGUCCUUAAUUUGGAUAAGCAGUUUAAGAGGAAGAAUUACGUGAUGGUAGUGCCAUUUUGGUUUCCUCUGGCUGGUGGAUUCUGAGACCAUAUAAUGUACUGAAUAGAACUAGAUAGAAUGUAUCGAUAGUGAGAUAAAAAAAACUGAUGGCCAUAUAAAGCAUGUUGGACGCCGAUUGACUUAACCUUGGGAAAGUGGGUUACUUUUUAAACCAAAACUACGAAGGGCCGUCUUAUGGGGAUUGUGGGUUUAAGUUGUGAACCAUUGAGUUAAAUAGAUCACUUCUGUGACCUGUUUCUGGCAGUAGCAAUGAAAAGCUGUGUUUUUCACCCUGUGUUCAACUUGCAAGUAUUACGAUAUGGUUGAUGGUUUACUUAGAGUUGCAUCUGGCAUUAAUGGCUUGAAUUAUGCUUGUCUCAUAGACAGACAGUGAAGAAUAUUCCAAAAUAUGCACCUGCGCAAUUUUACAUUGACAACGUUCUACCUCGCAUCAAGGAGAAAAAGAUAAUGGUGCUUAAACCUUUUGUCGAUCGUCUUGGUUAUAAUAAUGUUCCCCCAGAAAUCAACAGACUUAGGUGCCGGGUGAAUUACCAUGCUCUGAAGUUUCUCCCUGAAAUUGAAGAAAUGUCAAAUUUACUGGCAUUAAGGAUGAGAAACUGUACUGGCUGUCAGAAUCCCUACAUGUCGCUUCAUCUUAGGUUUGAGAAAGGGAUGGUUGGCUUACCUUUUUGCGGUUUUGUGGGGAAAAGGGAGGAGAAAGCUAAAAUGACUGAAUACAGAAAAAAAGGAAUGGCCUUGGCGGUAUAAAAAUGGUUCUCAUCUAUGGCGGCUGGCCCUGCAGAAGAGGAAGGAAGGCUGAUGUCCUCUUGAGCCAGGGGAAGUUGCUGUGUUUCUGCGAGCAAUGGGUUAUCCCAAGGAAACUCAAAUUUAUGUUGCCUCUGGAUAGGUAUAUGGUGGUCAGAAUCGAUUGGCAUCGCUAAGGAACAUGUUCCCCAAUCUGGUGAGACCUUUAUUUAUUCGUACCAUACCAUUUAGAUUCUCUAAUUAAGUGGGUGAGCAGCUAG